AUGCCAGCAACAAAAAAAUUCUUUUUUAAUUUGCCAUUGCAAGAUGAAGAAGCCUCAUCAAAUAUGGCGAAUAGGAAUGACGAUGAACUUGAACUUGAAAUAGAACCCUCUGGAAUCAGUAAUGUCCUUGAAAAAUGUAACGAUAAUCAAAUUAGUUUGAUUAAUGAAGCAUAUCAUUUGGGCUGCGGGGUUCCAAAGAAUUUGUUAGGUCAAUCUUGUGAUCUACUUGCUAUUAGUACCCCUAUGGGAAACAGUGUGCUACAUAUUGCAGCUUGGAAUGGUAAUGAUGACAUUGUUACUCUUUUAAUUGAACGUGCCCCAAAACUCUUGAUAACAGUUAACAAAAACGAGGAUGGUGUCUUGCAUGCUGCUGCAAGAGGUGGAAAAUUUUCAACAGUUAAAAAGCUAUUAGAAGGUUAUAAAAAUAUUCGGAUGCAGGAGUAUAAAUCAACACUGCUUAAUAGAGACAUUGACCAUAUUGAAAAGUGUAGUGCGUUUGAUCUACUUGAAUUUGUAAAAUUGAAGAAUGAUCAAGGCAACACUAUGUUUCAUGAGUUAAUGUUAUGUGACAAGAUCAAAAAUGGUGGGGAUAUGAUUUUCAAAGUUUGUGAACUUUUCAAAACAGAAGGUUUGCCAAAUAGUAUUAAUGAAUAUGCAAUGAAAAUUACUAAUAAUGCAAACAAAACAGCUCUUUACCUUGCAGUUGAAAAUGAGAACAGUGAUGCAGUCGAUCUGAUAUUAGACAAGUCUCGCAACAGAAAUGCUUGA